AGAUUCUUGACAGCACACUGAUCAGGUUAUUGAUUCUUCAUGUCUCUGCUCGCAGUACUCCUGUCCGUCUAUGAUCAUGUGUGACGGAAUUUAUAAGCAUGGCUGGACUGCGACUGCGUGACCAAGUGGACGGCGGGAAAAAUGGAGCCGGUCUCAAAUCCGAGCCUCGUCCAGACUGGCCCAAGAAGAGGAAGCGGUCCUCCGAAACGACCGGGACCUACAGUGAACGUGAUGGAGCAUCAGACGAUCAGCAUGAUCAUGGUGUCCAUGUCAGUGGACUUCGAAGAGCACGAACCGACAGAAUGACGCCGUAUGAGCACAGCAGCGUCGUGCGAAUGAGAGGAUCGAAAUCGCGAACAGAUGAGGCUGAUGCUGUUCUAGAAGAAGUAAUAUGUUCGUCGACGAACAACAGUCCAUCUUCGGCCCCCGGGACAACUACAUCAGGCGGCUCAUCUUCAGCUGGAUCGGGUCGCUUAUCAGCGUCAUUGCGCACACUAGAAGAAAUGGGAGCCACAAAGCGAAAGAUACGAUACGAGUCGACUACUUCUUAUGAAACGAAAAUCUGUUGUCAUUAUCAAGUUUCUGAAGCAGAAAAGUAUGAUAAUGAUAAGGAAGAUAACAGAUGUUCUUUUCAUAUUUCUUGUUCGAGCCACAGAGCGAAAAUCGGUGCCCAACAUCGCUUACGUCGCUUGUUUACAUCAAAUAAAACAUCUUCGUCGACGUCCUCUAGCUCUCGCCCGAAAAUGAGACCAAGAAGAGGACGUCACCGCAUUGAUUAUCCUUCGUGGAAUAAGACGUCAUCCUCUGGCUCAUCCUCUUCCUCUUCCAGAGGAGUGAUCGCAACUGCGAGUGCGGGAGGUGCGAGACUCUUGUACUAUGGCCUUUUUGGCUUGCACCAAAUGAAGCAGCUCUGUAAUCAGGUUGAUCCCUCUGUUGUUGAUCAUGUUGCCGGAUUCGGAAUGCAGCUGCUCUACAACAGCGGAACAGCACCUGUGGCAGUUGAGGCGGCUCUGCUGGCUUCUGGUGGCCGGUCCAGUGGUCGCCAACUAGGUGCUUCUAGGCGAACAGGUGGUCGGGAAGCAGUUGGCCGCUUAGAGCGUUUCCUGAGGAAAGUCCAGCGAAGCAGUCCUGGGAGAAGAAAACACCACGGCAGCAGCUCCAGAUCCCGUGCAAGGUCCUCAUCCUCUUCAGAGGACUCCACUAGUAGCACAAGAACUGCUCUGGGACUGGGAGAUUCUUCUUCUUCACUGUCCUCCUCUGGCUCUGGCACUAGCUCAUCCCUUCGAAAUGAGUUUCUUAUAGAACGAGAGAGUCGAGCACACGACAUGAUCAGAGCAACGACGUGGACGUCAGGAGAAAAUAGUACGUCUUCGCAGGAGCAGCAAGAAGAACAGGGACGAGGGCUGAACCAAACUAAUGACGCAACAACAUCACUUUCUUCUUCCAAUUCUUCGGGAAUUCCCGAAGAGGUUAAGGAGACGCAGUCGGUGUCCGACUUGCACAUUGAUGAAAAUGAAAAUAAUGUGGACGCGUUCGUGGGGAGAUUGACGUCCGAUAACAACAUAACGGAUAGCAUGCAGAACGAGGAGCAGGCAAAGAGUGCUGGCUUUCGCGACUUCCUUGAUGGAACCGAAAGUGAGAGAGGCGAAGCCAAAGUAUUCAAAUCGGCCUCCACUACUCGUACUACAAACAGCACUGAUAUUACAGACAUCUCAACAAUUCGAAAAACCAUAGGAGGGGCAGAGACAGAAGACCACUAUGAGGAACUACAACUACCGAAUCAAGAAGUACUUCUAGGUGGUAGAUGUGGUACUAGUAAUGUCAAGCCAACUUCAGAAGCAUCUUCAAACAAGGGUGACGAUAUUAGUACAACUCCCAUCAGCAGCACCAGCGGAAAAAGUACCGCAGAAGGAGAGAAUUACGGAACAAGAACUUCUGAAGAAGGUUCAGCAAUACCACCAGAGGAAGACUUAGCAGGUGCAGUAGCUCCACGUCAUCCUGCGGGAUCCGGAUCGGGUCUACUGAAGGAAAACUUCCGGUGUUUUUGCAAGAAUGGUUGGCCUGCAAUCACACCGGAAGAAGGAUGCAUUCGACAAGGGGCAUAUGCAUGUCGAGAAUGUGGUGAGGGAUUCGUUUUCAUGCCGGACUCCCGAUACUGCGCUCCCUACCACUCAAGACGAUAUCCUCUCUCACACGACAAACCCAUCACAGGUAUUUUUAGCGACGAGGACAACAAGCAACUUUCUGAUACGAUCGUAGGCGGUUUGGUCUAGUUCAGGCACUUUUCUAUUUCGUGGAUGGUCGUAGGGUAACGGUAAUUCUAGUUCAGGCACUUUUCUAUUUCGUGUAUGACCGUAGGGUAAGUCGAGUUCAGGCACUUUGGUAAGUGCGUGUAUUAGUAAUGCGUAGGGAAAGUAGUUUGGUGGAGGCCCCUGACCCCAUCACUCUCAGGCACUUUUCUAUUUUCAUCUGCUCCACUUUGUACAGAAAAAAGAGCAGACUCUUUGAGCGUUGCCUCCUCUCGUGGCAGAGUCGUCUUAAUAUAGGUAUACUUAAUAUGGGAGGACAGGAGCGACGAGGACAAGCAACUUCCUAUGUCAUAAAAUGAGGUAAAGGCUAUAGCAGCUCAAUACACGUAAAUUUUCGUCCUGUAUUUAUUUUGUGUUUCAUCUCUUCACAACUAAUGCUUAAAACCAACACGAACACCAAGUAACUAUCAUAAUCAUGUACUUCUUGUUUCAUCUCUUCACUAAUGCUUAAUAAAACCAACUACGAGUAACUAUCUCUCUUCAUGUUCACCCUUCAGGUAUGCUCGAAAUUCAUACGAUUAUGCGUGGUUCAAUAAGUGCAAAAUUGUUGGCGAAGGACCGUCCGUGGGUGAAGCUAGCGCGGAGUCUCAUCUGUCGCGACAUGGGCAUCGCGCCUAGUCUCUGUUUUAGCCGUGAAGUCAAGUUUCCAGAGCCAAUACUCGAGCACUACAGGGGAAACGCGUUCACGUAUCAAAAGGAGAGGCAUAGCACAGCUGAGAAAAUGUUUCACAGAGGGAAAGUACUGGGGUGGGACGAGAAGGGAGAUAAACAGGUGCAGGGAAAGCGGAGUGGAACAGAGAAAGACGACGACGGUACUGUGGGAAUUAUGGCUAGUAAUGUUAAACAAGAAGAUAUCAAGGCAAUGCUGGCAACUAAGUACUAUGUUAAUCCCACUCGUCGUCGUCUUAGAUCAAUAUCACUUUUAGUCCAGCACCCCGUACUAGUAGUUGUACUUGUAGCUGUAUAUAUUAUAUAGAACUCAGCCUCUUGCUCUUUAUCUUUUGCUCUUGUUCGUCAUCAAGAAACUCACCGGGGACCAUAGGUUCUGAACAGCUCUAAUCUGAAGCCAAAAGAUCCAUCAUCCGGCAAACAAAAGCAGAUGCUGUUGGAGUCGGCCAGGCAGGACGUUGUAGCAAGAAUACAAAAUCUGGAGCGACAGGAAAGCACUUUCCCAACUGAGGAGAGAGACCGAAGAAAGGUGGCGCUCUUGUUUUUGCAGCUGAUAAUGCAAGACCAGAGUCAACGAGGUGGCGCCACGACUUUGGCCCCACCUGCUGCCGGGAAAAACGUGAUGUUCUCAGCAGCGUCGAUAUUACCAGCAGCACAGCAGGCGGCCGUUGCUUCUGGUGGUACUACGGGGUUGACGGUGAACACAAAGUUGUGGUCUGAAAAGACGACUUUGGAGGAUAACGAUAUGCUGGCAGCGGCGACGCCGGACGGCGAUAGCAAGGCCAAUGCGAAUUCGUGGUAUGAUUCCGUUAAGGCUCACCCUCACCGUAAUUCAUUCUAAAAAGCAUCUCUGUCUCAUCUCUGACCUCUUUUAUAAUAUGGAAAAUGGCGUCAAAGAUGCUUUUCAAGAUGAACAUGAAUGUAGAGGCUGCAAGGUCUAACUCCGACUACUUCAGGAACCCAGAGAAGUACGAAAAUCGAGAUUACGUCCUGUACACUGGCAGUGCGAAGGCGGAACGCGCCUUGCUAAACAAGCCGCCAGGAACGAACACGUGGCAGUGGAGCAGUGGCGCUGCCGUGACUGGCGUAUCGGAAACCGCUUUGCAGACGUUGGCAGAAUUCAAAGUCAAUAGCACCGUUGCUAAGGACUUGGUGGACAUCGCUAAUAGUAUUGAGGCCAAUAGUACGCUUUAUGGGGGCCUCAAGAGAAACGCAUCCAAUGCGACAUCCAACGCAUCUUCCAACGCAACAUUUUUGUUCGGAAGCCAGGAAGAAGAAGAUCAAGAUCAUCACCUUCACCUUCAAGAACAUAAAGGUGAAGUACAAGAAGUAGAAGGGAGUAGUCCGAUAAACAUGAUGUCGUCUUCCACCUCACAAGAACUUUCAUCUUCAACAUUGACGUCUUCGUCUAGUGGCACAACCACAACUAUGGAACAGGUUGGCGAACCGGUGGCGAAGAAAAAGAACAAUCACGUCGCUGACGACCAGGAGGAGGAACUACUUAUGCAUAGGGACGAAAUAGAGACCAAAAAUAUCCAGUUGCAACAGGAGAAACCAGCAGCAGGACAGAAACAAACAAGGAAAGCUUUCAAAACUGAAAAACAGACGGUCCUACUUGACUACGAUACUGGUGAAAAGCAGACCACUCCUGGAAAGCUUGUAGAUUGGGGUGAACGAAGUCGCAAUGGACUUAGCUUCAAUCUUGCUGCAGCAGGUUCUACUACUUCUACUUCUACUAGUGAUGCUGAUGUGUUGCAGACUGCUCAGGGUCAGGGAAGGACUGGAGCUGCUGGAGUUGGAGAUGGGCCUGCUUCACCAUCCGUUUUCGGACGUUUUCAGGCUGACGUACAACCGGGCGAGGUUCCUGGGAUAGAGCGGAAAUUAGCAGAGGCUGAUCAUCCCCGCUCAACUACUCCGCUUUCCCCGGAAGAGCAAAAGCGUGCCGCUGCGCAAAGAAUGCUAGACCGCGAGAACCCUCCAAGUGAAGAGGAACUGAGACGGCGCGAAGCCGAGAAGUACUGGUACCCCGAUCGCGUAGGUGACACGUACCACCUCACGAUGCCAGAUGCGAGUCUCUCUGACUACCAGCGCAAGGUGCGUCGCGAUGUCGCUUAUCGGCGUUGGGGCUCUCUCACCAUGGGCAGCACUAAGGACCUAGGACUAGACCUUGGACCGCUGCCAGAGAAGACACCAGACAACGUACCAACACGACCUCCACUAGUCGCAUCCUCGUCCUCAUCCAGUGCUACAACUUCAACUUCAUCUAGCAGUGAUGAUCUUGCGGGUGGUGCACCAACUACACCAAGAACGCCAUUAGAGGAGAAUGCGCAUAGCGACCCUCGUGGUACUAGUGAUGGGAUGUCCUCGUCGUCAAUGACGCGGCAAGGUGGUGGCGCUGCUGGUGCUUUACAUCUUCAGGUCAACUUUAGUCGAGCUCCUGCUGAGCACAGCACGGAACAAGACGGCACUGGACAUAAUAUGGAAUCCCUCGUUUCUGCUAGAAGCAGUAUUGGUGCUGGCGACCCUUCUUCGUCUGCAGCAUUGUCAACAUCAUCGUCGUCAUCUUCUAGUUCGAGUGGGUCCUCUGAUGAAAAGACGACUAUCCAAGAUUCGUCAGGGGGGAACGUUGUCGUGAAUUCUGGUGAACCGAACAAAGGAGAGUACACCCUGUUUGCGAAAGAGAACUUACUAGAUGAGAAAUCUUCUUAUGCUUCGGUAGUUCCAGUAGUGUCUUUUGUGUCUCUGAAAGAACAGGGUUUGGACGCAUCGGAAGCUGGAGUCUUGUUCAACCACACGCACGCGUACAUAGACGACUUCCGAGUACCCGAGGUGGUUUCGCGUUACACCCUGUCUGCCUACGAUAAUUGGCAUUGUCCGGAUUCGCUCUCGCACAGGUACGUGAGCCUUGCGAUUCGCGACAGAAAAACCUGCCACAAGGCUGCAGACUUCGUAUUUUUUUUCUAAAAAUUUGAAUUACUUACUACUAGUUGUACCAGUUGUAAAUUGUAAAAUUGCUAUUCUACUAGUUGUCAAUGUAAUUUCCAAUUCCAGUUCGCACCAGACGGCGCAGAGGUCGAAGAGAUGAAGAAUCAAUGGCUGCCAGCUGGGUGUCACCGCACAAUUUCCAAUGGGCACUUUGUAUUCAACACACAAGGAUCGUCUUGGAAAGAGGCUGCUGGUGAGCUGUUCGGCGCCGGUUUAUUGGAAAAAGAUUCGUCGUCUCUAGGCAGGAGGUGGAGCAGCGACCGCGGCCAAAAGAGCAGUCUCCCACUACCUUCAUCUAGCAUCGCUGCUACAGCAGAGAGCUUGACUGCAGGCCAGAAACUCAUCGCGGGAACUCUGGUCGGCGACCACGUGGAGGCCACGCCUGGAGCCAUAGCCUCGCUGGCAGAGCAAGGACGGGCUCAUGAUGGAUCGUCUUCAGAAGAUGGCGGAAGUUCUAGGUCUACUGCUUCUGGUUCUUCAUCCGGUACUAUUAGUACAACUGCUACUCAGGCGGAGCAGCGGAUGCUUGCUGAUUCUUCAUCUCCCAAAAAA